CGCGUCUCAUGUGUAGCUGCUCUUGUGAUUGUAAUUUUGUGGAUAUCCUAGCCCAAUUUAUUAGCCGUCUUAAAGGGCUCAUAAACGUAAUCCAGACCAAUCCUAACACAAGACAGCAUGGACCGUACUAUGUCAAGCCCAGAACAUUUUUCUUUGUGGGUUUACAAAUAAGACCAAAACAUGUGUGAUGAAGCGUGUGUUCAGAAGUCCAAACAAAAAUUAACGAAACCCGAGGAUGUUCGAUGUUGCUCGUGCUCAAAUUCAAAGCAAUGGAAGGGUCUCAUCACAAUUCUGGCGUUUGGAACUCACUCGAAACUCGAAACUACAAUUGAAUUGGAUACUUCGGCAAAGUUUAUGUUCCUCUGCAAAUGCCCAGUUCACCUCUCUCUUCUUUUUUCUUCUUUUUUAUCCUUUCCAGUUUUGAAGUCUCUCUCAAGUCGAAACUACAAUUGAGUUGGAUGCAUCAAUGAAUGCGUUCUCUUUAUGAGCACUCUUGUGGUUAACAAUGGAAUUCUCUAUGUAAUGCCUUUCAAUUUGGGUCACAAUAGUAAAGAAAGAGGUUAUCUUUUCCUAUCAUUUGUAUGGAUGGGAGCUUUGGUAAUGGGGAAUUCAGAGUGCUGUUUCUCGAAAUGGACAUUGUGUAGCUGAUAUGAUGAGUAGUACUAUGCAUUCUCUUAAAUGGGUUCUCUUGGAUUUGAUUGAUAGGUGCAGCGGCUUGAGAUGUUUCAAGCAAAUCCAUGCACAAAUAGUAACUUCUGGCCUAGCUUGCAAUGACUUGGUUGCUAACAAUGUUGUUGGUUUUCUCGUAAAAAAUGUUAAUUCUGUUGAUUACGCUUGUGACUUUUUUAAACAAGUUGAUUGGCGCGUCAGCUCUUUUCCAUUUAACACGCUGAUCUCUGGCUAUGCCAAUGGUGACAAGCCAGGGGCGGCGGUUUUGGUCUAUAGAAGGAUAGUGAGAGAUGGGUUUGUGCCUGACAUGUACACUGUUCCAGCGGUUUUGAAAUCCUGUGUUAAGUUUUUGGGGAAGGGAGAGGGAAGACAGGUUCAUGGGGUGGUUGUUAAGAUGGGUUUUCAGUGUGAUGUCUAUGCUCAGAACUCGCUUGUGCAUUUCUAUAGCGUUUGUGGUGAUUGUGGUGGUGCCACCCGAGUGUUUGAUGAGAUGCCUGUGAAAGAUGUGGUCUCUUGGACUGGUCUGAUAUCUGGCCAUGUUAAAGCAGGAUUGUUUGACGAGGCUAUAUCUUUGUUUUUUAGGAUGGAUGUGAAGCCGAAUGUGGCAACUUUUGUUAGUGUACUUGUGGCUUGUGGGCGAAUGGGAUAUUUGAGGGUGGGGAAGGCGAUUCACGGAUUAAUCUUCAAGCGUUCAUUGGGUACAAAUUUGGUGGUAGGCAAUGCUAUUGUGGAUAUGUAUGUUAAGUGUGAGAGUUUAUGUGAUGCAAAGAAAAUAUUUGAUGAGCUCCCUGAAAGGGACAUUGUAUCUUGGACUAGCAUGAUAAGUGGAUUGGUGCAAUGUAAACGUCCAAGGGAGUCACUGGAAUUGUUCUGCAACAUGCAAACCUUAGGCAUCAAGCCUGAUAAAAUUAUACUUGCUAGUGUGCUUUCAGCGUGUGCCAGUCUUGGGGCUCUUGAUUAUGGUAGAUGGGUCCACGAGUAUAUUGAUCGUAGAGGAAUCAAAUGGGAUAUCCAUAUUGGAACAUCUCUGAUUGAUAUGUAUGCGAAGUGUGGUUGUAUAAAGAUGGCAUUGCAGACUUUCAAUGAAUUGCCUUGUGGGAAUGUCUCUACAUGGAAUGCGUUACUGGGUGGUUUAGCAAUGCAUGGAAAUGGGCAUGAGGCACUCCAAAAUUUUGAAGAAAUGACUAAGUCUGGCACCAGGCCAAAUGCAGUGACAUUUCUAGCUAUUUUGACAGCUUGCUGCCAUUCUGGUUUGGUUGAUGAAGGCCGUGGGUACUUUUAUCAGAUGAUAAGUCAACCUUACAAUCUUUCUCCAAGGUUAGAACACUAUGGAUGCAUGGUUGAUCUGCUAUGUAGGGCUGGACUCGUGGAUGAAGCUCAGGAAUUGAUAAACACUAUGCCCAUGCAACCAGAUGUGCUGAUAUGGGGAGCUCUUCUAAGUGCUUACAAGGCCAAAGGUGAUGUUGAGCUCUCUCAAGAAAUACUAGACCGUCUCCUGCAACUCAAGUUGCACGAUAGUGGGGUUUAUGUGCUCCUAUCAAACAUAUAUGCCACUAAUGAAAGAUGGGCUGAUGUAACAAGGGUAAGGACGUUGAUGAAGAAGAAAGGUAUACAAAAGUCCCCCGGGUCUAGUGUUAUAGAGGUGGAUGGUAAGGCGCAUGAAUUUUUAGUUGGGGAUACUAGCCACCCUCAACAUGAGGAUAUCCAUGUACUAUUGAACAUCCUUGCUAAUCAAGUCUAUCUUGAAGGGAUAUUCUCCAUCCAUUCCUGAUAAGAUAAGUAUAUACCUUCAUGUUUUUCUCAGUUGAGGCCAUUUCGUACUUUUUUGCAUAUUACUCUUUAAAUCAGGACAAGUAACACUCCUGACAUUAUUAGUAUCCUAAUUUAAAGGCCCAUGCAUCAUUU